AUGCCGUCGCCGUUGACCCCCAGCCAGCUCCAUCGCUACUUCGAUCACAUUCGGUUGCCGCAGGAAUUCCGCCGGGACAAGAACAAGAACCCUGCGCUGGAUCUCGCAUGCUUGACGGCCCUGCAUGUCCAUCACAUCUCAACCCUGCCGUACGAGAACCUGUCCCUACACUAUGCAAAGGACGUCAACGUCUCCCUGGAUGUGCAUGACAUUCUCGAGAAAUUCCUGGCCAACGGGCGUGGCGGGUAUUGCAUGGAGCACAGCAUAUUCUUCAAUCAUGUGCUGCGGGCUCUAGGCUUCCAGGUCUACCUGACAGGGGCCCGGGCUAGACCGCGCAAGAACGGCGUCCCGUUUGGCGACUACACGGGAUGGGUACAUGUCGUGAACAUCGUCACUCUUGCCGACGGGACCAAAUGGGUGUCUGAUACAGGCUUUGGUGGCGAUCAGAUGCGCCAGCCCGUGCCGCUGGUCGAGCAUCAUGUCACGCAGAACAUUGGACCGCAGCAGAUCCGCCUGUCGCGCGAGAGCAUCGACAACGCGACCAACACGUCGGCCGAGAGACCCGCCACAUGGAUCUACCAGUACCGCAACGGCGCCGACCAGGGCUGGAACUCGUUCUUCUGUUUCACCGAGACCGAGUUCUUGCACCAGGACUUUGAGGUGCUGAACUACUACACCAGCAGGUGCCCGCAGAGCUUCCAGACCUUCACGCCGCUGGUGGUCAAGUUCCUGCGCCGGGAUCCCGGGCCGGACGGGCAGACGGGCGAGAUCUACGGCAAGCUGAUGCUCGUGCACGGAGAGGUCAAGGAGAAUCUGGGUGGGAAAAGUCGGCUCGUCCGGUCUUGCAAGUCAGAGCCCGAGCGGCUCAAGGCCCUGCGCGACGUGUUUGGCAUGACCUUCACCGAGGAGGAGCAAGCUGGCAUUAGAGGAAGGGUCUCGGAACUUGUACCAAACUGA